CUAACUUUGACUUAAUCAGGAAGAAGAUGGCUUCAAAAAAUGAGGAGCGUUUCACGUGCUCUAUCUGCCUUCAGCUCAUGGUGGACCCCGUGACCAUCGGCUGCGGUCACAGCUACUGUAUGAAGUGCAUUAAUGUGUACUGGGAUAAGAAGUUUGCUGAAGGCGCGGCUUGUAGCUGUCCCCAGUGCAGACAGACCUUUACUCCGCGGCCUGCGCUGUUCAGAAACGCGCUUCUGGCGGAGCUGGUGGAGGAGCACAACAAAACUGUGGAGGCUGAUGCCGCGGAUGGAGACGUGGACGAGCCGGGGGGCGUGCUGUGUGACAUAUGCACUGGGAAAAAACGUAGUGCGUGUAAGUUCUGUCUCACCUGUCUAGUCUCUUACUGCCAGAUACACCUAAACCCUCAUUUAGAAAUCGGACCUCUCAAAAAACACAAUUUGGUCCAAGCUUCAGAGAAUAACAAACAAGUUAUAUGUGUGCGCCACCACAAACUCCUGGAGCUGUACUGCCGCACAGAGCGCCUCUUCAUCUGCGCACUGUGCGUGGUAGAGGGCCACCAGAGCCAUGACACUGUCGCUGUCACAGAGGAAAUGAACGCAGUGCAGGAGCAAAUAGAAAAAAAUAAAGACCAAAUCAGAGACAGAGUUAUGGAUUCAGAGAAAAAAAUGACUGAACUGGAAGAAGCUGCGAAAUCCAUAAAAGGCACCGCUUGGGAAGUCUGUGAUGAGUUUGAGCGCGUUUGUCAAGAAAACAUCCGCUUGUAUGUCACUGCCAUGGAGAAGAAAUGUGCAGAUGUGAGAGAGAGAGUUGGAGAAGCAGAGAAGGCCGGACUGCACUGGACAAACUCUCUUCUCGGAAAACUGAGAUCUGAAGUGAAUGUUCUGAAGAGGAAGGAUGAAGAACUCACACAGAUCUUACAAACUGAAGAGCCCAUGCAGUUUAUACAGGGUUUCCAAGCCAUUUGGGUCCUUCCUGCAAAAACGAAUGUUCACACAAAUACUGAAAAACUGCCCGAGUUUGUCAAAAAUCAAAAACAAAAGCUGAAAAAUAUAUGCAACACGGAAAUGGAAGAAUUAUGGAAGAACCUCACUCAGUACUCAGCAUUAUCUGUGCCCAAGGCGAAGGACAUAACCACACUGAAACACUAUCUUGUGACUAAAUACAAAAAUCACAAACUGGAGAUAGAUCCAAACACCGUUGCCUCGUGUCUUUCGUUGUCCUCUUCAAACCGAGAGCUGUCAUGGGGCGGGAAAGACCAGGGACAUCCAGACCACAAAGACAGAUUCACGUACUUUCCCCAGGCCUUGUGCAAACAGGGAUUUAAGACAAACACGUACUGGGAGGUGGAGUGGGAUGGAGGCGUUGUGGAAGUGGCUGUUUCCUAUAAAGGCAUCCGUAGAAAAGGCUCUGGGAGUGAUUGUUGUUUUGGUCAUAACAAUCUGUCCUGGAAGUUGAUCUGCGGCUCAUCUGGGUGCAAGUUUUGGUACAAUAAGCUUGAAAGAGCUCCAAUUCCACCAGUGAGAUCUCGUAAAAUAGCUGUACACCUCGAAUACAAAGAAGGCAUCCUGAGCUUCUACAGUAUUAAUGCAAAUGAUGAGUUGGGACUUCUGCAUAAAACUCAGGUUGUCUUUACUGAACCUGUGUAUCCUGGGUUCAGUGUUGAUUUGGGCUCAACUUUGAAAAUACGCACCAUUUAAUUAAGUUUUUGCUAUUUUAAGCGCCCAUAUUAUGCUAUUUUCUGAUCCAUGUUAUCAGAAACACACCUGGAGUUGUGUUUUGUUCAUGUUUAACACACAAACUCUGCAUAUGUCGGCUGCGUUCUUCUGUCAAACUGAAAACACUCUGAAAACACCUUGUGAUGUCAUGUGGUAAUACAGGAAGUGCUCCAUUGUGUAUUUCAACUCCAUACACCUUCACUUGAAUCAUGUGGAUAAUUUCAGCCCUUUAAUUGAUUUAAUUGAUGAAAACUAACACUACAUGACAUCACAAGUUGGAACAGAGCAGUUUGAGCUUUGGAGAUGUAGACGUGUGAAUGAAACAAAACACAACACCGGGUAUGUUUUUCCUCACAAGAAUCAAUUUUGCAUAAUAUAGCACCUUAAAGAAAGAGCUGGUAACUUUAGAGUUCUUAGAAAAAAUAAUUUAUUUUUAAUCUUAAAAAUAUUUACAAUCAACAAUACCCAAAAUAUAUUUUUAACAUGUAUACUGUGCCAAAAAAGAAAACAUCAAUCAUAUUUGACAGUUUUUGAUUUAAUGAUUUAGAGAUGAUGAAUCAAGCCGCUAUAGUUAAAAGUGCCAUUAUCUUUGGACUUCUAUGUAAGGAUAAAAACAUGAACUACUUCUGAAUGUUAUUAUUAUAGUUGGAAGAUGGAUUUAUCACUUUAUGGACAUAUUCAGACUUCAUAAAAACAUAAGAACAUUCUUCAUGAAGUUAACAUAUGAACGUUCUUAUGAAGUAUGAAUAUGAAUAGGCCUUUAGACUCCUAGCACCUAAUAAUUUUUUUAUUUACAUUUUUCCUGUCUGACCUCUCAUUUGUCAUGCUUAAUUGCUUGAAUAAUUAACAUUGCUAAUUUGUUUGUAUCAUAUAAUUUUGCAUUUUAAAAAAAUAAAAAAAUUAAAGUGCCUAUGCCAGGUUAGACUCACGGUUCAUCCUGGACCUUUUACCUCCUACUCUUUGGGACAUUCCCUCUGCUGCUCCAAGAACCCAAAAAACAGGCUUAAAACUCAGGGAGACUUCUCCUUUCAGGCUGAUCCCCUGAAAUUAUGGAAUGCAUUGCUCCUUAAAAAGCAGCUGAGGACACUCCAGUUUAGAAAAGCUUUUGGUUGACUUGAGUCCUAUGACCCUGUUUUACUUAUUAUUGUUUUCUGGUGUACUUGCUCUCUGUAAAGCACUUUAUGAUUUUUAUCUGUGAAAGGUACUAAUAUGAAUAAAAUGUACUUACUUACACUGGGUCAAAACGCGUUUUAUGUAUCCAGAAAUUAUUAUCUGACAAAUAUAAACAUAAGAAAACAUUUUUAUUUUGUUGAAAUCAUGUUUAAAGUAUCAAAAAAAAAAUGUUUCUUUUAUAAAUUGUGAUGAACUUCUGCACAGAUUUC